AUGGGAACAAAGCUUGUUAUUCUGCCUACAAAUAAUCCCAAGCAAAAGAUUCCACGAACAAGCACAAGCAAAGUCCGAACAGGCUGCAUCACUUGCAAGAAACGUCAUGUCAAAUGUGACGAAGGAAAGCCGCAUUGCGGUAAUUGUGUGAGGAAUCGGAGGCAAUGCGAAGGCUAUGUUAUUCAAACAAAGAAGCGAAGUACAUCGCCCGGUCAAAUCGUCUGGAAUUCGAAACAAGUUGCUCAGACUGCUCCUUUGAAGGCGCAGCUACAUUUCAGUCAUGACUCGCUGGACUUUAGAGACGCCAUAAGUAUGGUGUAUUUCAACGAGUUUGUGGGAGUUGUGCAGAGUCCAUGGAUAGCUGCUGGAUUCAACAAUGAUUUGUGGGCUGUUACGCUACCCCAGGUUGCUAGAACCAACGACGUUGUACGGCAUGCUGCUAUUGCUAUUGGGGCGUUAAGCAGUUGGCUUAGCAAGUCUGGCAAUCAGUCGCCUGGUUUAUCGCAGAUUGAUGAAUGCGAAGCUGCACGAGACGAUCCAGACUAUCGGAAUGCUCUUGCGCACUAUUGCCAUGCUCUCAAGCUACAGAGCCAGCAGCCUUCGAUUCAGGACGCAGUCUUUCUGUCUAUUUUAUUCUUGUGUUUUGAGACGUUGAGAGGUAAUAGGAAAGCUGCUCUAGACCACAUCAAUCAUGGACUGGCGAUGCUACUUGCUUUCGUCACAGAUCCAGAAUCACAGCUGAUGACCUCUUUGGCCCCAAACCCAAAACCUCUCAUUGCCGUGGUGGGAGACAUAUUCAUCCAUUUGCUUCCUCAAACGAGAUCAAUCCUACAAGGAAGUAUUGGUCGGAGUCCAGCAGUGCCUAACUUCGCAAAAGGCUUACGAGCGAAACGAGAGACUGUCGACUCUUUCAUGAAACGGAUAGGCAACUUACCUCGAUCAUAUCCUGCCACCGACAAACUUCCUCCUGUGUUGAACAAUCUCGAUGAAUUCGAACAAUAUUGGAUGACGGGUCGAAACGCCAAACUGGCUGUUGGCCCUCUUCUGAUGGAAGCAGUGCACAAAUCGGGUGCUCUAGAGUCCACCGACCCAAACGUCAUGUCUUCACUUUGGGAGCAGAUCAUGGCUGAUCCUCGCAUUCAAGAAAUAUGCGAUGCUUCUACAAAGGAGCUACAAGCGCUUGAAGCCGCUUUCAUGCCACUGUUCAAUCGCGCCAUUAUGUCAGAUCCCGGAUCGACGGAGUACAUCAGAGCUAUACAUCUGCGACUGCAUUAUCUGGGCAGCUGUACUUUCGAAGAUCUCUCGCAUUUUCACGACGCGACGCCAAUCGAGGCAAAGACUCCGCUCUUUCGAGAAUAUCUUUCCUUGGCUGAGAUAAGUCUACGCACAGCGAGGCGGGACUUAAAGAGCCCAGCACAUCGACUCUCUCUACAAUGUGACCUAGCGUUACAUCUCUUCCUCAUCUCGAUAUUCUGUCGCGACGCUCUAGUUCGUGAUGAAGCUGCUUGGAUGCUGAAAGAUUACCCCAGCCAGGAUGGAAUCUGGAACGCGCGGUCGAUGUAUGUUCUAGCAGUGAAGAACAGAAGCGUGGAGCGCAUCAACGCGUCAGAGGGUACAUCUCAAGAUCAAUGGCGUCGUCUAUUACGCAGAGAGUACAUGUUCGAGGAAGGCGGUCAACGCAUUGUGUUGUGCUUCCAAGAUAGAGAUCCAGUGACUGGAAAAUGGGGGCUAGUUGAAGAGACUGCUGAGGUACCUCAGCAGGGCGAUCUCGAUGGGGUACAGUGGCAUAGACGACCCCUCUCUGCUGACGGGAAGCCUCUCAUGGGGGAUAUGAUUGCACUUUGGCCUGAAUUACUGGAGUAA